GUGUACAAACAAGGUUGCUUGAUGGCUGCCAAGCAGCAGACCGACAACUGUGGAUGUAAAGGCGUCCGGACUUGCCUGAUAUGUGAGACAGCUGAGGACAAACGACAUCUGUUAAAAAGUAAAGCCUCGGUACAUUAUGAUUUUGUUUAUGAUCAGGAGUCAGAAUUAGCUGUACCAGUCGCUGGCAAUAUUCAGGAGGCUUUUCCAUUUCCGGGCGUGUUCCUGUUGGAGAACUUUGUCUCUGAGGAUGAGGAAAGAGAGCUGGUUGCAAGCAUGGACCAAGAGAUCUGGCGAGAGUCCCAGUCUGGUCGGCGCAAGCAGGACUUUGGUCCGAAGGUAAACUUCAAAAAGCAGCGCGUACGCCUUGGGGCUUUCAGUGGCCUGCCUGCGAGCAGUCAGAAGCUACUGGACAGAAUGUCCAAAGAGCCACUGCUGGCUGAUUUCCACCCGGUAGAACAAUGCAACCUGGAGUACAGCCCCGAACGUGGCUCUGCCAUCGAUCCACACCUGGAUGACAGCUGGCUGUGGGGGGAGCGCCUGGUUACUCUCAAUCUGCUCUCUGAUACUGUGAUCACCAUGAGCUUAGAUCAAGGCUGGGAAGACAUGGACCAAGGUGAGGUCAGGGUGGCUGUGAAAAUGCCUCGGAGGUGUUUGUUUGUGCUGUUCGGUGACGCACGCCACCGCUGGAAACACGCCAUUCACAGGGAAGACGUUCACAGCAGGAGGGUUUGCAGUACCUUCAGAGAGCUGACUGCUGAGUUCCUGUAUGGAGGGGAGCAAGAGAAGCUGGGAUCAGAGCUGUUGGAAUUAGCAUCAAGCUUUAAAGGAGUUCCUAUAUAAAAAAAAAAAUUGUGGACAGUUAUUUAACUUUUUUUUUUUUAAACACGAGUCAAAUAUUAAAUUAAUAAAUGUAUUAUUGUCUACUAGCUUGGGAUUGUAUUCAAUGUUUCCCCAAUGUUCAGAUUUGUUAUGGUGUAAUAUUUUUGAUAAAAUCUGUGAUUUUAGAAUUUUUCAUAAAAAGCAACAUGGGGGGAAAAAAAAAUCAAUAAUUAUACAUUGUAAAAGGAAAUAAAUUACAUUAUUUUAUUAUAAUAUUUUUUAUAUAUAUAUAUAUAUAUAUAUAUUACAGUAUAUAGAAAUAGAGGGAGCGAGAGAUACUAAUGUAUUUAUGAAUGCAAUUCAAAUUAUUUUAAAAAUCCAGUCUUUACACUUAUGAGCAAUGUUGGAUUUGAUUUUUUCAAUUGCAUAACUUGUAAAUAUAUUAAGAAAAUGUAUAAAUAAAGAUUCUAGCCUUUUUUUUUA